AUGGAGGACCCUCCCUACGUUGCUUGGAUGAAGGAACAGAAAAAGCAGGGGAAGCAGCUGCCCUCAAUCAAACGUUUGGCCAAGGCUAAGCGUGACUCCGCUGGAGCCUCCACAAGCAGAGGCUCGCGACUCGCGUACGAAGAAGGCGCGGACACCGACGUGAGUGACGAUGACCUCGAAGAAAUCGUCUCUGAGUCCGACAGUGAAGCCGACUCCGAAAACUACAAGGAGGGCUCGGACGACGACGACAACGAAUCUGACGCAGGAGAGGAGGGGAGCGGCGACGAUCGCAGCACCCGCGCGUCGAAGAAGGAGAAGCGCCCAAAGCCCUCGAGCAACAAGAAGCAGUGGUCGGACGCCGAGCUCACUUCCCUGGCCGCCGCCAAGUGGGUUACGAAGGACGACCUUAAGGCCAUGCAAGGCAAGCAGGGGAGUCAGUAUUGGAAGAAGCUCCGUGCGCACAUCGUCGAGGCGGAGCCGGAUUGGAACCGUGACGAGGGACAGAUGUCGAACGCAUGGAAACGCCUCGAGAAGAAAUACUUCAAAACGAAGCGUGGAGAAUCUGAAAGCGGCGCCAAGGCCGUCAAGAAGAAGCCGUGGUGGGAGUACGUCUAUAAUCUGAAGAAGCACUCCGCCAAGGCCAAGGCGCAUGCACUUGAUGGUGGUGGUGCCGCGACGGUGGACGUCGACGCAUACGCACCAGUACCAGGCACGAAUGACCGUGAGCCGUCGGGCACGCCCGACCUCGGUCAUCCCCGGGCAUCCCGCCGUCCUUUUGCACCUGCUGAGAUGAAUGCCGCCUUAUUACCAUCACAUCCUACACCCACCCCUACAUAUGCUACAAACACCCCCCCACCCAAGCGUAGGCGGGUGGAGGAAACCGCAACCAUGGGAGCAGCGAGGCUGGUGAGCGAGGCCAUCAACAACACCAACUUGAGCGUGGUGCGCCAGCUUCAAGACUCCACACAGAUCGUCGUCGCCGCCAUGAACAUGGCGGCGCUUCAAGCUGGCAUGCGCCUGCUUGCGGCCACCCCGCAAGCACAUGCCGCCGCUCCAGAGAGCACUCCUCCGCCUGCACAGCGUCCGGACGGGGUCGACGAUGCCAUGGCGGGGUCCGAGGAGGCGGCCGAUCAGCCGGAGCCUUAG